AUGAUGUCGACUGUCUUCAUGCACAUCGCAUUUAGCAGCAUGAUAAAGGCACCAGCUGCCACCGCAGACGGCGGAGUGUUGCCCACUGGGGUCAUCAACAGCGAAGCCGUCCAGCUUGACCAGGUAUCCGCCGCCCUCAAGGAGUCCGGCUGGGAGCUCGGCGCCCACGGGAUCAACAACUCGUCCGGCAACGCGAAGAUGAACCGCAUGGACGAGGAGGCCGCCUUCGAGAAGUGCUUGGGCGACCUGGAGGCGUCCCUCGGCAGCCGGCCGCGCACGUGGCUGACGCCGCAGUUCUCGGUCACGGAGCGCACCCCCGAGGUCGCGGCGUCGGCGGGCGUGCAGAUUUUCCUGGACUUCGUCGACGACGACGUGCCGUACGACCUCGUCCACACCCCCAGCGGCAAGCGCAUGCUGUGCGUGCCCUACUGCAUGGAGACCAACGAUUUUUCCCUGGUCCUCACUAAGAACUUCGACGCCAGGCAGUACGCGCAGGCCAUCGAGGACCACGUCAGGCAGCUGGCGACGGAGCCGGGCGACGCCAAGGUGGUAUGCCUUGGUAUGCACACCUUCGUGGCGGGCACGCCCGCGCGCGCGCUGGCGCUCUCGGAGAUGUUCGGCCGCCUGAAGGAGUGCCCGGGAGUGGCCUUUGCCACGGCGGCGCAGGUGCACGACCUGGUGAGGAAGACCGCGUGAUGGAGGGCCGCCCCGGCCUCUGGCCUGCUUUCUGUCGCGAGCUAGGGC